UGUGCCGCGGUAGAGGCGGGGCGAGGAGGGAGAAGAGAUCACGGUCAGGAUAGCUCGCUGGGUAUAAAGGCAGCGAUACUCCGAGCAAGGCAUCACACUGACUGAGGCGCUGCUCUCACAACACCCAAAACAACAAAAACAACCAUGCGUGUCUUGGCCGUGCUGUGCGUGCUGGUACUGAUGGUAGCAGCAGUGCUGGGCGGCGGCGGUGGCUACUACAGUGGCGGAGGUGGAGGACGCUUCGGCGGCGGUGGCCGGCGCUUCAGUGGCGGUGGGGGCAAAUUCGGAGGUAGUUUUGGCGGCAGCGGUUUUGGCGGAAGCGGUGGUUUUGGUAGCAGCGGUGGUUUUGGCGGCAGUGGCUUUGGACACGGCGUCGGCGGCUAUGGCUACGGAGGCUAAGAAUAGACUCCGGCCACGAUCACGAUGCUGGCAACACGCUGUUGACGGCGACGCUCCUGACGAAGGCGGUGAAGGUGAAUGUGAAGGCUCUAAUAAAACUGUUAGAAUGUG